AUGCAGCGGCAAGCAGCACUAAUCUUCAUCUCAUCGCUCGUUCGUUGCUCCGCCAAUUCACCCUCCGUCAACUCACCACCGAUCGCACAAGUCGCUCAACCGUUGCCCACCGUCCAGGGCGCUACAAGCGGCGACGUCAUUAGAAACCAAGUCUUUAAUAGCCAGGCUGCAACAGCUCCUUCGAGCCUUAGAUGGUCUCCCGGUCCACCUAGUAGUAUAUCCGUAACGGCUAAGCCGACGGCUACAGUCACCUCUACGGCCACGGCUGGAACUGAACAAGCGUUGCGACAACUGCCGAGACCAACGACGUCCAGGGAUGGCGCGGCACGGGUGCUGUGGACGAAGAGAGUUCUGGCGUCAGCGCAGCGCAAAACGAGCAACCCGUUCACCUACAAGCAACCGGAGUUAAAGAUCGACACGAUGGAUUGGGUGGUGAAGCAUGCGCGGCUGGGCGGCGACCCGCUGAACGGCUUCGACGUGUUUCUGACUGGCGUGCUCACCGUCAACGCGCUCAUUUUUAACCCCAACGCGUAUGGGCUGAAGAUCAACGCGAUCUAUGUGCACGCGGAGUACAACAACACGUUUCUCGGCAACUCCAAGCUGCCACCCAUGAAUGUGUACCCGUUACAGUCAUCCCCAGUAAAAGCACCCUUCAACCUGGUGAAUAUCCCUAUGAAGAAGGGAUGGCGCAUAUACCAGAAAGGGGAUGUGCUUGCGACGAAGAUUGACAUACAGGGAUUUGGUAAAUUCAUCGGCUUUGGAAUUAAAAGUCCUGUGAUGCAGGUCAGAACCACGUGUUAUGUUAUGUACGUGCUUAAAGGUGGAAAGAUUAUUUCCCAAACAUGCAACAGCCCAGAUUUUGAUCUUGGAGUCGCGCAAUUACAAGCGCGCCCAUUCCAAUCCAGUAACUCCGAAUCCCAGUGUACUGAAACCACCAACAUGGCUUGCGUACACCGUUCGCCCGCAACAGCUCUUCUCACGUGCGUGCUCCUCGUUGCCGCCGCAUCAUGCGCUCUCGCCGCCCCUCCGAAAUCCAAACCGCCUAGUCUCCCACCCAUGCCCAAGAUACCCACUGCCAUUCCCUUUCCCGGCAUCCGAAGAUGUCUGCUGACGUCCAGCCUCAGCGCCAAGAAGGUUCUCAGCGCGAGCUUGGGAGGAGAUUCGCUCGCUACGGGCAGCUUUCGCGCCUUGAUCUAUCAGCAGGGCAACCGUACAAUAAAUAUCAAGAUUCAUUUCGACGUUGAGGGUCUCACGCUCCCGCUGCCGCCCAUCAACCAAACGCUCUACGACGGCCGCCGCGGCAGCAACGGCACGCCGAUUUGGGAGCUGCCUAACGCGUGGACGGUCGGGGGCGCUCCCGACGAGUUGAAAAUGGACACUUGGAUUACGGACGCGACGCGCAAGCUCGUGCCAGGGACAUCGAUGACGUUUUACAGCUUUUUUCAGAAGAUCGACGCGACGCCGCGGAAUUUCUACAUUGUGAUUAGAACCGAAGCUUUCCCGGACGGAGCGCUGCGCGGGCAGAUGGGACGGCCCUCGCUGGUGCGCUGGGCGUCCAAGCCAGUGUGCUAG